CGUCAAAUUAUACUUUUAGCCUUUAAAUUAACACCAACACGGCAGAAGAUAUAAAAAAGGACCAUUUGUGGAAAGGUCUCCUUAAAAAAGGACUACGGGGGUAAUAUUUGAUAAUAGAGGACUAAAUAUGGAAAUCCCCCUGUUAUAAAGGAUUAAUUAUGGAAUUUACUCUACUUUUAAUUACACAAUAUUUUUUCUUAAACUCUCUCCAAAAUCAAACCAAGAAAAUUAGUUUGAGAGGGAAGGAGGGCAACUUUAUGUUUUUGGAAUUUUUAAGGGGGGUACUAAUUGAAUUGGGUCCACCCGGUUCUUGUAUUCAAUGAUAUGCGUCCAACACCUGUCCAAACUUAUUCAACGCACACAUGGCCCUCCUCAGUUCUCUCACUUCUCUGUGUUUUGUCUCAUAGAGCAUAGCUUUAACUGGUUCCUCCCCAUUCAGAUUUUAGCUUACUCCGUACAAAGAUGCAGAUCCAGAAGCCUUCAUUUUUCAAGAUCUUAUUGGGCGACUUUGCCACUGCUCUCCGUUUGCCGCCGCUGUUUGUGGAGGUUUACGGGGAGAGGCUUUCGCCGACGGUGUCUCUCGCCACCGGCGCAUCGCCGGAGAAAUCAUGGGCGGUGAAGGUCGAGAAGAGCGGCAGUCAUUGGGUGUUGGGAGAUGGUUGGUCGGAUUUUGUGAAGGGGAACCGUUUGGAAGCAGGGGAUUUCGCUGUUUUCUGGCUGAUGGAUAAUCGGUCCACCUUUAAGGUCCGGCUCUAUGACUGCACUUGCUGCGAUAAGGAGCUUUCUUCCUCUUCUUCUUCGAGAUUCUUCUCCCCUGGUGGAUUUCCUGGUACAGGCAUCGAUCACCCUUUUCCCUUACAAAUCUUGUUUGAUUGAGGCCUCUCGGGUGGGGUUUGAUUCGUGCUUCUUCGAAUAAUAGAAUAAUAAUAAUAAUUAUUUUCAACUUUUGACUUAUAAUUAAAUAAAAUUUAAGGAUCAAAAUAGGAGUAAAACAUUGAUUAAAAUCCAAAAUAGAAGUGAAAACAUAAAAUACCCAAAAUAGGAGUUGUUGACUGACCGUUUGCCGCCGCCAGGAUAUGCCACUUUCAUCACCCCUUGCUCCUGUUAUCGUCGCACGUUGUCGGCAUCACUAAUCCCCACAGGCGUAGUGCCAUGG